GAAUGCUAGACCAGAUAUAGUCUUCUCAUCAGAUUUUAUUGUGGGUUUUCCUGGUGAAACAGACGAGGAUUUUGCCGAUACUUUGGAUUUAGUGAAAAAAGUGGGUUAUGGGCAGUGCUAUUCUUUUAAAUAUAGCCCAAGACCUGGCACUCCUGCGGCGGUUAAGGAUCAAGUACCUGAACAUAUUAAAUCUGAGCGUUUAGCUAUCUUGCAGCAAGAGCUAUCUCGCCAACAAUUAUUAUUUAAUAACAGUUGUAUUGGCAAAACAAUGCCUGUAUUGUUUGAUCGUGAUGGAAAAUUAGAUGGGCAAUUGAUCGGGAAAACUUGCUAUAUGCAAUCGGGGAAAGAUCAAAUCAUUGAUGUGAGUUUUCUUAAAACCAUCCAAGAUCCUGCAAUUGCCGCAUAUAGGCAAUCUAUUGUCGAUGUUUUGUGUAAAGAUCAGAAUGGCAUUCAAGUCAUUGUUGAGAUGCAAGUUAGCGAGCAUAAAGGCUUUGAAAAAAGGGCUCAAUAUUAUGCGGCUAAAGCCUAUUCGCAACAAAUACUCAAAGAAGAUAAAAAUCAUAAAAAGUUAGCAAUAUAUGCUAAACUGAAAGGAGUAAUAUUUUUGGCUAUUGCUGAUUUUAUCAUGUUUCCUGACAAAAAACAUUGGAAGUCAACCCAUCGCAUGUUGGAUAGCAAGACGUAUGAGCAUGAUCUUAAAGAUUUUUAUUUUAUCUUUGCUGAACUAAAAAAAUUCCAUAAAACCCUUUAUCAGUUAGAAAAUAUUGAAGAAAAAUGGAUGUAUUUCUUUAAACAUGCUCAUCAUAGCACUUUAGCCGAAAUGGAACAUUUAAUUGGUCAUGAUAUUAUCAUGAAAAGAGCUUUCCAAGCAAUAGAUCAAGCUUCUUGGACAGAGGCAGAGCUAAAUACUUAUGAUCAUAUAACUAAAACCCAACUAGAUAAUUUAGCAGUAGAACAGUUUAAAAUUGAACAAGCUGAAAAAGCUGCCGAAGCUAGGGGGAAAGCCAGAGGAGAAGCCAGAGUUGGAUGUGAUGCUAAAUCUAAAGACCAGAUGUUAAUAGUUGGCACUUCUGCGGAUAAUCCUCCUUAUGAAUUUAUUCAAAAUGGACAAGUAGUUGGCUUUGACAUUGACCUUAUUAAUGCUAUAGGAGAAAAAUUAGGCAAAAAAGUUAUAAUCAAAAAUUAUGACUUCAAUGUUGAAGAAUUAAAAUCAAAAGUCGUAGAUGCGGUAAUGUUAGACGAAUUGCAAGCUAAAAGAUUUAUUGAAAAUAAUCCUGGUCUAGCUAGUUUAAGCUUAAAGGAUAUGUCAUCGGAGUUUGCUAUUGCUAUGCCUAAAAAUUCUAAUCUUGUGGACAGCGUCAAUAAAGCUAUUACUGAAUUAACAAAAGAUGAUACUAUUAGUAGUAUUGCUCAAAAAUGGCUUCAACAGUAA